GCACAAUAAUACGACAAGAAUACUGCAACCAUAAAAGGCGUAGCCCUCUCCUUGCAAACAUUUCAAACACCCUUCUUUUCCUAUGCCCCUCUUCACCCUUAAACCAUCUUUCUUUUCAAAUCCCCUUUUUCUUCUUUUUGAAUAGAAUGGAAACAAAAACCAGCUCUGACCUUCCUCCAGGUUUCAGAUUCCACCCUACAGAUGAAGAAUUGAUCACCUUCUACCUUAAAAACCAGGCCAAAUCAAAGCCAUGCCCUGUUUCAAUUAUCCCAGAGGUUGAUAUCUACAAAUUUGAUCCAUGGCAAUUGCCUGAUAAAGCAGAGUUUGGUGAAAAGGAAUGGUACUUCUUUAGCCCUCGAGAUAGGAAGUACCCGAAUGGGGUUCGACCGAAUAGGGCGACGGUGUCAGGGUAUUGGAAGGCUACGGGCACGGACAAAGCCAUUUAUAGUGGUUCCAAAUAUGUUGGAGUGAAGAAAGCUCUUGUGUUCUACAAGGGCAAGCCACCAAAGGGACUCAAGACUGACUGGAUUAUGCAUGAAUAUCGGUUAAAUGAUUCACGUAAACAAAUCACCAAGCAAAAUGGAUCCAUGAGACUGGAUGAUUGGGUCCUCUGCAGAAUCUACAAGAAGAAGAACCCAGGGGGAAGAGGUUUGGAUCAACAAGUGGAAGAAUCAAAUGCCCCAAUUCACAUGACACAGUGUUCCAAUGAUGCUAGUGAAACCCAACAAAUGUUGAAAUUCCCAAGGACAAAUAGUUCGGUUCCUCAACUACUGGAAUUGGAUUACAUGGGUCCAAUUUCCCAACUUUUGGGUGAAAAUACAUACAAUUCCAGCUUUGACUAUUUCCCUAACACCAUAGACAGUAAUACCACAGGUGACCAUGUUGAGAAACUUCAGCUACAAGAAAUACCUUACCAAUACACUGAUUCAGGGAAGCUUCAAGUGAAUGAGAGUGGGUUCUUAAACCAGCAAGUAUAUAUGAAUCCCAUGCUGUAUCAAUUUCAGUAAUAGAUCUCCACUGAACUGUUUUCACCUUGACAAAAUUUUGGAUUGGUCUAUUCACAAGAAAAAAGAAAUGUGUGUGUAAAAACUGUUAGCUGAUAGAUUAGAUAUUUUUAAAUGAUUAAUUUUGUAAUAUGAUUUGCUUGAAAUUUGCAAAAAGACAAAAACGAUGAUGAUCAAAUUGAAAGCCAAUUCUAUUUUUAUUAAAUGGAUAUUGAUUGAUUAUGAUCAAAACCAUAAA